CAUUCUUCACCCAGAGAGAGACAGAGAGAGAGCGAGCACGUUAGAGAGAGAGAGAGAGAGAGAGAGAGAGAGAGAGAGAGAGAGAGGUGGCUUUCCUUAGAAAGUGCGUGCAGACAAAACCCAGCAAUUGACGCGAUCCUUCCCGUUCGUCUUCUUCGAUCUCCUUGCACACAAUCAUCGUGUCUUGUGAUUAGAAACGUAAAGAUAUGGCGGAUCUAUACAACGCGAACCUUCACUCUUCCCCCCUCGAAUCCGAAGAAAUGACGUCGUUUCUCCACAACCUCCUCCACAAGCAACCCUUCUCGUCUCCGCCACAACCGCCCCCGGCCGCGACCGGUUUGGUCGGCCGGUCGCCGGCUUUCGCCGACUCGGACGGCCGGUUCGGGGAGAGAGACUCGGUGAUGGUUGACUCGUCUGCUGGGAUCAAUUUCUCUGAUCCCGGCCGUGGAUUCAUGGCGGAUGCGAGGGUGGUGUACGGUAGGGAUUCUGACGGGAUCACGUCGAUGUUCAAGAGGAAGUUUUCGGAGGAGAGUGAUUUUGAUGAGUUUGGCUCUGAUUUCACGGGACCUGAAGCAUCAGAGGCGCCAGUAAAUCCAGCUCUUCCGCGUUCGUCAAAGAGGACUCGAGCUGCGGAGGUUCAUAAUUUGUCCGAAAAGAGGAGGAGGAGUAGGAUCAAUGAGAAGAUGAAAGCAUUGCAGAAAUUAAUUCCGAAUUCUAAUAAGACUGAUAAGGCAUCGAUGCUGGAUGAAGUAAUUGAAUAUUUGAAGCAGCUUCAACUACAAGUACAGAUGCUAUCUAUGAGAAAUGGACUAAGUUUGCAUCCCCUUUGCUUUCCGGAGUCUCUGCAUUCGGCACUAAUGCCCCAGCCAGUAUUAAGCUUCGAUGAGGGAAACGAAGUGCUGAAUUCAAACAGAGGGCAAGAUACAUUUUCCAGAAACCAAGAGAUUUCAGUUCAGGCCGCCUAUGAUUUUCCAAAUCAGGUCCCAAUGACAAACAUCAACAAUUCAGAAACCUCAUUUGGAUUGGAACCAUCUAUGCAGAACCACUAUGGACCCUUCCAUCACCAUUCAAAGGAACUUUGCCAUGAAGAUGGGUUGUCACAACUGCAAUUAGACAUGAGUUGCUCUGUGAAGAACUCAUCAUCUGGUGUGUCUUCUUAACCAAGAUGAUAGUGGACUUAACUGAGUUGGUAAAUAUGAAAAUGGCAACCAAAUUUGACUGUUCCUUGUUUUUAAACAUCUCAGAAACUGCAAAUGGCUCUUAACGUCUGUGGCAUCCCUUUCGUGUUAGUUUAUUUAUGCAAAUUCUUAAAACUAGUUUAAAGACUUGUGGAUACGUAACAUGUUGAAAAACCUUUGGCUUAUAUACAAACCUUUCUCGGUUAUUUA